GCCUUCACCACUUUGCCUUCGUUUCCCUAGAAACGAACACAAAACUUUUCUUCUUCUGAUUUUAUUUUAUUUUAUCUUCUCUCUUUGAAAAGUUGCUCUCAUUACUUAUAGACUCAUUCUCUUGAUGCCAAACGCCACCUCAGAAUGGCUUAUCAAAUCAACUCUCCCUCCACUCUCCAUUUCCCCGUCAAAAAACUUUCGUGGGAAAUCAAAUUCCAGGAAAACAACUCUUAAGUUGAGAACUUUCUAUGGCAGCUCAAGAAGAUAUUAUGAGGAACAGAAAAAGUUUAAGGUCUUUUGCUCAGUCCGAGAAGAAGACAAUAAUAAAAGAAAUGGGGAAGAGCCACCGGAAUCAUUGUUUAUGAAGGAACUGAAGAGGAGGGGUAUGACUCCGACUUCAUUGCUUGAAGAGACCAAUAGAGGCAAUUAUGGAGUGGAAGAUGAAAUGAAAAUUGGAGAGGAAGACUGGGGUUUCUCUAAAAGAAAUUCAGUAUCAACUGAAAUUGAUAAAGGUCUGUCUAAUCAAAGGGAGAAAUCAAUGGCUCUUAAUAGUGAAGGACUUGAGCUACAAUCGUGGGAGAAUUAUUUGGGAUUAGUUCCUCGGGCUAAACUUCUGCUUACAAUUGGAGGAGCUUUCUUCUUGGGAUUUUGGCCAUUGAUUCUCAUAAUUGUUGCAUCUUUUUCUGCUCUCUACUCUUGCUUUGGGUCAAGUUUCGUCCACGAUGGAAGCGAUGCGCCAACCUCGCCACCACAACAUAUCGAUCCAUAUGAACUGCUGGAAGAUGAAAGAAUGUCUCAAACAGCUCCUAGUUUAAAAUGAACCACCAAAAAAAGCUUUUGUAAAACCAGUUCCUUGAUAUUCUGUCUGCCCUGGUUAAUUAUUUAUCGUUGUAUAUGCUAUCAACAAUUGGAUCUCCAGCAUGUCACAAUAUUCUCAAUUUCCAGUUGCUUGCUGGGAUGACAGGAAAGAUGUUCUUGGUCUCAUUGCAGAAGUGUUUGAAUCUCGGAGUAUGACUUGUAACCAUUAGAUUCCUGUCGUGCAUGUAACAUGCAAUUUAAGUGCGCGCAGCAGAAUGUAUUUAUAUAUAUGAGCAUUAGUUAUCUUAA